AUGUUCAAACGGAAGCAACACGGGCAGUUUAUUCAGGCGAUGUGCCAGCUACGCCGCAGCACGCCGUUUCUCCCACUGGCGGUGUUUUUGCUGCUGUUGGUGUGUUGUGCCGCUGGGUGCCUCGCCGUCGAUUCCGCCCGGAAGCACCACUGCGGGUUUGACGAGAUGAUGGGGAGGUGGCCGCCGGCGACUGCGGUGGUGCGUGAUGUGCCGCGCAGAGGACAGGGCGAGAUGCAGGCGUACACCGUCGCCGCACAAGGCGUGGGGAGUGAGUGGGCCCCGAUCCGCAUCAAAGUGUCCGCGAAGGACAUGUACGACUCGUCGAGGCACUGCACCGCAGAAAGGCCUUGGCGCCUGGUCAAUGGCAACUGGCAGGAAUGCACAGAGGACAUGAUGUUGACGGAAGCGAAGAAGGACAUUCUUUUGAAGCAACUCCUCCCGGCCGCAAUUAAGCUGCACGCUGAGCGUCUGUCCGUGAGGCCUGUGGAGUACCCCAUCCCCAUACCAGAUAGUGGUCUAGGGCUGUGCACCGGUUUAACCAUCCCUUCCUGGCACCACACGAUCGGCGUGAGCGGCGCCGACCUGAUUCUCUACAUCGACGCUCGCGUGAGUGGUGCGACCGUUGCAUGGGCGUCUCGCUGCGUCACUCUGAAGGACGGACGCCCGUACGCUGGUGUCGUCAACUUCAACCUCCGGUACGUAAGAGCUACUCAUGAAACUGUUCGUACUGCAGCGCACGAGAUUGCGCACGUUCUUGGGUUUUCGCAGGAACGGUUUGUGAGGUUCAAUAUGCUCUCCCAGAUCCCCAAUGUGCGAGGGAAGAAGGAGGUGUGGGUGGUUUCCUCACCGAAGGUGAAGGAGCUGGCGAGGAGGUACUACAACUGCCCCACGCUUGAGGGCAUGGAGCUGAACGAGGGGAAUGGCGAGAAGCUCAACCUGAACCAUUGGAAGAAACGCAGCGUAUGGGACGAGUUGAUGAUUGGUCAGGCACCGGCCAUUACUUACUCGGCAUUCACGCUUGCGGCAUUUGAGGACAUGGGUGUGUACAAGGCUAACUACGACAUGGCGGAGCCGUUGCGGUGGGGCAACAACUCUGGCUGCGGGCUGCUGGAAAAUAAGUGCUUUACCAAUGGCCGCACCGACUACCCUGACAUGUUCUGUAAACAGCCGUCAAAUCUGCAAGGGCUACUCUGCACGUAUGACCGUCUUUCUCUGGGGACGUGUAACCUAAAGACUCACUCGCAGCCCAUUGCACUGCAGUUUCAGUACUUUCAUGACACCACAUUGGGAAGUACAGUGUUGAUGGACUACUGUCCGUAUGUUAAGCGGCGUGAGGCGUCUGGGUGUACCAACGGCGAUACUAAAUAUGUCCCUGGAAGCUUCAUUGGCUCGAGCUCACGGUGCGUAAAGGGGGAGGGGCUUCUUUAUGAUUACCAAGAGAUUGGCGAUGUGUGUGUGAACACGCAGUGCAGUGGGGGUAAGCUGAGGGUGCAGUUCCUUGGCGACGACACGUGGUACGACUGCAAUGAAGGCGAGACGGUCACGCCGUCAGGGGGACAAAUGGAGCGGGGGGAGCAUCAGGUGCCCCACAUAUGCUGA